AUGAGUGAAGCAGACAGAAUCGGCCCGCCCAUGGCGCCUAAAAAGACGCUCGCCGAUCGAGCAAACGGUGUCAGAAAGGCACUUUUCACCAAGAACGGUCUGGUCGGUACCUACGAUUAUGGCUUCUUGUUCCGACCCAAUAUUCCAUUCAUGAAGAAGGACCGCCGCGCAAGUCCCUUUUUCGGCCUCAAUGACUCCAUGCCCGUUCUUUUGGCACUUCUAUUGGGACUGCAGCAUGCAUUGGCUAUGCUUGCCGGUGUGAUGACCCCUCCGAUUAUCCUCUCCGGACAGGGCGGCGUCAAUCUACCCCCUGACUGGCAACAAUACCUUGUUUCCACUUCCUUGAUCGUUUGCGGUAUACUUUCAUCUAUCCAGAUUACGCGAUUCCACAUCUACAAGACUCCAUACUACAUUGGGACCGGGCUAAUUUCCGUUGUGGGCACAUCCUUCGCUAUCAUUCCAGUUGCGUCAGGAGCAUUCACACAGAUGUACAACAAUGGCUUUUGCGAGAUUGAUUCCGAGGGCAAUCGCCUACCUUGCCCAGAUGCAUAUGGCGCCCUCAUUGGAACAUGUGCUAUUUGCGCCUUGACCGAAAUCCUGAUCUCAUUCCUUCCACCAAAGACUCUGCAGAGGAUUUUCCCACCCAUUGUCACAGGUCCAACCGUCAUUCUGAUCGGUGUCCAUCUUGUAGAAACCGGUUUCAAGAACUGGGCAGGCGGCAGUGGUCUCUGCUCUGAGCUCCCUGAGGACGGUUUCUUCCGACUUUGCCCCAAUAUUGCAGCUCCUCAUGCUCUUCCAUGGGGAAGUGCUGAGUUCAUUGGCCUUGGGUUUCUCGUCUUCCUUACCAUCAUCCUCUGCGAAAGAUUCGGAUCUCCCAUCAUGAAAUCAACCAGUGUAAUUAUUGGUCUGUUGACAGGAUGUAUUGUUGCUGCUGCUACCGGCUAUUUCGACGACAGCGGCAUCAACGAUGCCCCAGCCGUGUCCUUUAUCUGGGUCAAGACCUUCAAGUUGACGAUUUAUGGCCCACUUGUUCUACCCGUGAUGACUGUUUUCAUUAUCUGCGCCUGUGAAGCCAUUGGUGAUGUCACAGCUACUUGCGAUGUCUCGAGACUAGAGGUUGAGGGUCGACUAUUUGAAAGCCGUAUUCAGGGUGGUGUUCUGGCAGAUGGAUUGAACGGGUGCUUGGCUGCUUUGAUGACCAUCACGCCAAUGUCAACAUUCGCUCAGAACAACGGUGUUAUCGCAUUGACGCGGUGUGCCAACCGUAAGGCCGGAUACUGCUGUUGCUUCUUCCUCAUCGUCAUGGGUCUCUUCGCCAAAUUCUCCGCAGCCCUGGUCGCAAUUCCCGCCCCAGUUCUCGGAGGCAUGACUACCUUCCUGUUCUGCGCUGUCGCCGUUUCGGGUAUGGCUAUUGUCAAUCGAGUUCCAUUCAACCGCAGAACCCGAUUCAUCUUGACGGCAUCCCUAGCCAUCGGUUAUGGAGCCACCUUGGUGCCCAACUGGUUCGAACAUGUUUUCACCUACGAUGGCGAUAACCACGCGCUGAAGGGUUUCUACGAUGCUAUCUCUCUUGUCAUGGAAACUGGAUUUGCUGUCACGGCUAUGAUCUCCAUGAUCUUGAACUUGGUUCUACCUUUCGACAUAGAGGAUACUCCAGAAGGAGUCGAAGAAGAUGUUCGUUCAAGCACUCCCGACUCUGAACCUGUUUCCAAGGUUCAGAUGGACAUGCCAUCAAAAGAGGUCGUUUAA